UUUCGCGGUACUUGUUCCAUGUUUUGGAAGUCGUGUCAUAUGCGAAUCGAAACCGUGUGUAUUUUGCGUACGUAAAUAUUCUGGUUUUAUUUUUUUCGGCUCGGAUUCGAAAUCUCGUGUCGUGCGGUUUUUUGCUCGAUCAUAUUUAACGAAUUUAUUUCAGAAGUUCUUCGACGAUCUAGAGAUAUUUGGAAAAACGGCCAGAUAAUUUUCAUACCGGUGAAAUUUUCUUCCUCGAGGUGUAAUUUUUUCAUCUAUCAUCGUCAUGUGAAGAAAUUUUAUCAUAUCGCGAAGUGUUCUUUUUACUCUACAUUUUUCAUGGCGUUAGUUUUACAUUUUUCGGUUAAUUAUUCUCGGUGAAUUUUUUCCCAUCGUGAGACAAGUUCGCUCCAAUUUUUUUUCGUUUUUUAUUUCGAGUUUUUAUAACCAGUUGUUGUGGUGCUUUUGUACGUGAAAAUAUGAUUAGCAGAAGUGCUAUUAUUUAUACGAUGUGGUAUUUCAAAAACGGACAUACACUUCCGGCUGUAAUCUAACGACACGAAAUUCCAUUUGAUGCCAUUCAACAAAGACAUGAAUCACAAUUCUGCAGCAGUCCUCGUAUUGUACGGGUUUUCAUUGAUGUUUGCAGCAAACUUGAAGGUUUUCGCAUCUGUGAUUUCAAACGGUGAAACGUCAGCAGCGGCGUCGGCUAAUUCGGUACGACACUCGGAUAUGUCGACGAUAAGUUUGGUGUCGACUAGAAUGGUUCAGAAGCCUUUUUUCGACGAUAUAUCGCCCAGAAAUGUUACCGCCAUCGUUGGCCAACCAUCAGUGCUCAAUUGUCGCGUCAAACACGUCGGUGAUCGAACGGUAUCGUGGAUAAGGAAACGAGAUAUACAUAUAUUGACUUCGAAUAUUCACACGUAUACCGGCGAUGGAAGAUUCAGCGUGAUACACCCGGAAAACAGCGACGAAUGGAAUUUGAAGAUAGAAUUCGUGCAGAAAAGAGACGCCGGCAUAUAUGAGUGUCAAGUAAACACCGAACCUAAAAUAAACAUGGCUAUACUUUUAAAUGUCGAAGACAUGAACAAUGGAUUGAACGGACCGCUGAUGAAUUUUACAAAAGCUGCUCAGGCAAUGAUCUUAGGCGCCGAAGACGUAUACGUGAAGAAAGGCAGCACGAUUAGUCUAACGUGUUCGGUUAACGUUCAUUCUUCGCCUCCCGGUUCUGUGGUAUGGUACCAAGGUAAUACGAUAGUCGAUUUCGAAUCUUCCAGAGGUGGAAUUAGUUUGGAAACGGAAAAAACCGAAGCUGGCACAACUAGCAAACUCUUAGUGACCAAAGCUAGUCUAGCUGAUUCGGGAAACUAUACGUGUCUGCCUUCGAAUGCGAAUCCGGCCAGCGUUUUUGUGCACGUUUUAAACGGUGAACAUCCAGCAGCAAUGCAACAUGGCGAACUCGGAGCCAGUACCAAAUUAAUGACCAGGUCGUGGAUUACCAUGUUUGCCUUACUUGUGAUCUUAAUCAGGUGAUCGGAGAAAUCACCCGAAAUAUAUUCAAGUACGACGAAGCCCUCGAAGUAGGCCAUAACCGUCGCCAAAAGUACCUCCUCCGCCCUCGAUUGACUAUCUAGGCUAUUGGAUGUAAAAUUGGAGGCUAAAGAAACGUUGAUUUUUUUUAUUCGUAAUCGAAUAUUGUACUUUUUUUUAUUAAAAAUAAAAAAAAAAUUGUCACGAUGCGACGUAAAUAUGUAAUUUGUACGAAUCUCUGUCUUUUUAAUUACCAAAUUGAUUUUGUUUGUUUUUUUUUUUUAUUUACUUUUUUUGUCGUCGUCAACGACCCUCGCAUAGGUAAAUAAAUCUUUCAAAGUGUACGUAGGAAUAUCGCUGAUGUAUGGGGAUUUUCGAUAAGAGGGGAAAAAUAUAACCAGUAUGUGUAUUAUUAUUAUUUCUGUAUUUCUUUUUUUGUAAUGUCGAAAGUUGAAUCCAUUUCAGGUGGAUUUUGUGUAAAUAUAAUUGUUACGUCACUUUUUUUUUUUUGUUAUAUUUCCAACACCUUAUUCUUUUGUACAUUGUGCCUUUUACCCUUUCGUAUUUCCAUUUGUAUUUACGCGUUAUAAGAAAAUUUCACUAGAGAUUUCAUUUCCUCCCCCCUCCUCAUUUUAUUUUUUCAAUCCGCGUCUAAGGUAGAUUUUAGAUGUUGUUUUCUGUACAUUUUUUUUUUUACAAACAAUAUGACAAAAAUUGUAACUAUUUUACUGUUAACGUACUUUGUAAAUAAUUUAGCGAAUGUAAUAUACAUGAUAUCAAAAAUGA